AUGGUACUAUUGCAAUCUCUUCGUGCUGGUUUUGAGACUCUACAAGUCAAGAUGGGAGAAUCAGUUUCAGAGUACUUUUCAGGGAUGAUGGCAAUAGAAAAUAAGUUGCGGAUACAUGGUGAAAAGCUGGAAGAUCUCACUAUUAUUGAAAAGAUAAUUCGCUUCAUGCCGUCGAAAUUCAACUAUGUUGUUUGUUCAAUUGAGAAAUCAAAAGAAACCAAUGAACUUUCCAUUGAUGAAUUACAAAGUUCACUAUUGAUUCAUGGGCAUAAAAUGAAUCGCCAAACCAGCAAGGAACAAAAUCUUCAAGUCUCAUCCAACUACAACUCUUCAAAAGGUGGUGCCACAGAAUACAAAAGAGGGAGAGGAAACAAUUUUUGA